GAAAUGCUAGACGUUACAAACACAGCAUUUGAAAUCCUGUUAAGGGAUAGAAAAAAAUGGAAAUGGAAAAAAAAAAUCCAGAGAGGAUUAAAGAACCAAACAAUCGAAGAGGGAGAGAGACCAAGAGAGAGAAGGAUAGAAAGAGAGAGUCAUAUCGGGAAUAAUCACAGUGUGAGAGGGAGAGACGUGAGGCGGUGCUCUGAAUAGGAAACAGAGGGAAGGAUAGAGAUUAGUGCUGCACUCUCUGGGCUCAUCACUCAAUGAAAGGACACGCUGCAAACAACAAGGGCGCUCAGCCUCAGGAGAAUCGGGAAAGGUGCGAGUUUGCUUUUAGGGAUAUUUACAUAAAACUUACUGGACUUUCUGGAGGUUUCCAGGUCAGGAUACUUGGUUUGAACAACUUCUUACUAUGGAUUGUUACAGCUAAGUCAGAACCGAGGAACCAGAUUCAGGAAGGUUCUGAGUGACUGGUAGGCUUUCCUAUGUAUGCUGUGUUAACGGAGUAUGUUAACCAAUUAAAAUACCUAUCCUUAAACAUAAAUGUAAACACAGUAAUUGAGGACUUUUUUUAGUUGGCUUAGUCCAUUCCUUGCCCCAGAUUCCGCCAUCUGCUGAUGUCCAUCUGUGAAAUGCUGGAGGAUAUGACAGAUGUAAAACAACAUUUGUAGGAUUUAACCGUAGAGCUUCCUGUAUCGAGUUCAUCUCCAACUGUGCCAGCAUUGUUCCUGAUGUAAUCCUUUUUACGUGCAACCAAAAGAAUGACCUCGACAUCUUGCAUGGUUUUGAUCCUGCUCUCAGUUCAGUUUUCAGGAGCUAGUUGUCCUCAGGGCUGCUUGUGCACAUCUGACAUACUGAACUGUGGCUCUUUGGGUCUGGAUAGAUUUCCCAACCCGCUUCCGUUCACAACUUCUGUCCUGGACCUUAGUCAUAAUAGACUAACAUGGCUGGCAGCCGGCAGCUUCUACGGACUCCCAAGGCUGCAGACUUUGCAUAUGUCUCAUAACCGCAUCUCCUUGCUUAGCCCAGGAGCUUUCCAUAACAUUACUAGUCUACGAUACCUGGACCUCUCUUCCAACAAAUUGCAAGUAGUGGGGAAGUAUCACUUCCAGGAUCUGCAAGCCUUGGAGGUGCUCCUGAUGUACAACAACCGUCUUACACGUGUGGAGAGCAACACUCUAAUGGGUCUAAGCAAUCUUAGAAAGGUUUACUUCAGCCUGAACCAAAUCACAGACUUCCCGUUCUUCUCGAUUCGCAAGCACAGCCACCCCAGUCUGGUAACGCUGGACCUCUCUUCAAACCGCCUGUUUCGCUUGCCAAUGGAUGACAUUGUGCUGUUGCCUGUCGCUGUGCAAAAAGGCCUGUACCUGCACAACAACAGCCUGGAGUGUGAUUGCUCUCUAUACCGCAUGUUUUGGCACUGGGAACAGAAGGGCUACCAAAGUGUGAAAGACUACAAGGAUAACUACAAGUGUCUGAUGUACGGUGAGCCUCAAGUCUCGAUUAAUUUCAUGCGCUCUUUGCAUUUCUUUGAGAAUUGCACAGUUGGGAAGAUGAUAUCCCUGAUAUCCCCGAAGGCUGAUAAAGUUGUUUACGAGGGUGAACAAGUGCGGUUGGACUGUACGGGGACACUAAACGGAGAAGACCUGUCCUACAGCUGGAUUAUUCCUCACCAAGAGAACAUCUCGUAUCUGAUCCAGAACGGGACUCUACGUCUCAAUCAAGAUGGUAGCUUGGAUAUUCUUGCCGCCCAGUCUGUAGAUUCAGGGAUUUACCAGUGUACUGCUGUCGAUAACACAAGGAUGAUCAAUGAAUCCCGAGAAGUGAACUUAACUGUGGUAGCCCAGCACUCCACAGAGGAGACAUUCAACACCGGCUACACCACUCUUUUAGGCUGUGUUGUAACCCUUGUCCUGAUAUUGAUGUAUUUGUAUUUAACCCCAUGCCGUUGUGGUUGCUGCAAACCUCCUCCUCCAUCUCCAGCCAUCUCAUCCUUUGGGGAAAACCGCUGCAAUCUGGCCUCUAUAUUUGCUGCUCCCUCAACCGAUCGGCUGAAAAGCAAGUCUCAGUCCGACAGGCACGUAGUGUUCCUUGAGCCACUUAUGGCUGGGAAAAAUGGCCAUCCAAAAGCUGCAUUUGUUGUUGAACAGCCAGCAAUUGAAUGGGACACUGAAAACUUCACGAUUUUUAGAGAAAGAAAUGACUUCGAGUAGCUAACUUGUGACCUUAAAAUCCUGCUUGUUUGAAUCACUGGGACAAGCAACACGAAUUAAUGUCAUAAUUCUCUAAUAAAUUACUUUGUUCCUCAGAUUUGAA